UGACCAUGGCUGUAGACAUACCAUUUACUAUAUAGUUGGCAUCUUCAACUCGAACGCGAUGGAUGUCACUUUCUGAAACGCGCGUGAAGUACAUAUCAAAGCCACAAUAAUUCAAAAACUGUACGUGAAAUCUAAUACUUUGGUUUUUCUCAACAACUGUUAUCAUUUUAUGCGUUAAAAUGAUUAAGUUAUUUGCUUUCGGCAUCUUGCAAGCGAUAAUUCUUGUUGCAGACGCUCAAUUUCAAGGACAAUCGAAUUGUGCGUCACUUUAUGGUGUAUCCGGUCAGUGCAUCGGAUUACGCCAAUGUCCACAAAUACUGAAUAUUCUUCAAACACGACCCCUUACACCACAAACAAUAAAUGUAUUAAGACAAAUACAGUGCGGUUUUGAUAGUCCCGACAACCCUCGAGUAUGUUGCCCUAUACAAAACGAAAAUAUCAAUACACCAACUCGGAGCAAUGAAUCUCGUGUCGAAGAUAACUCGAGAAUAUAUUCGAAUUCUGGGCAACAAAAUACCAACAAUGAAAAUACCAACAAUGAAAAUCUACAAUACGAUAUUUUUAACAAUCCUUUGCUUCCUGCUGAUUGCGGCAAAGAUUUAACUCAAAGGAUCGUCGGUGGAGAACGCGCAGGACUCGACGAAUAUCCAUGGAUGACCCUCUUGGAAUACCUUACAUUAAAUGGAAUAUAUACAGCUUGCGGUGGAGUCCUUAUAAGUCAGCGUUACGUUCUAACGGCAGCUCAUUGUGUCAAAGGGAAAGAUAUACCAAGUACAUGGCGACUGCAAAGUGUCCGUUUAGGCGAAUAUAAUACUGAUACCAAUCCUGAUUGCAUUAAAGACGAUGAAAAGAGCGAAAUUUGCGCGGACGAAACCGUGUCGGUUGAAGUCGAAGAACAAAUUGCUCAUGAGAAUUAUCGACCACGAUCAAGAGAUCAGAAAUAUGAUAUCGCUCUGCUAAGAUUGUCCCGUGAUGUUACGUUUACCAAUUACAUAAAACCUAUUUGUCUGCCACCAAAUGCUUCUCUCGGACAAAGGCUAUCUGUUGCCGGCUGGGGAAAAACAGAGAACGGUUCAUCGUCGAACAUAAAACUAAAACUUACGUUGCCUAUAGUCGACGAAGUACAAUGCCGGAUGACUUAUGGAAACGCAGGAGUGGCGUUGGGUUACGGACAGAUUUGUGCCGGUGGACAAAAGGGUAAAGAUUCGUGUAGAGGAGAUUCUGGUGGAUCUUUAAUGGCUGUAGAACGAGAUCGCAAUGGCAGCGCUAGAUGGGCAGCUGUUGGUGUUGUUUCCUUUGGACCAUCACCUUGCGGUAUGCCUGGAUGGCCUGGCGUUUACACUAGAGUAAUUGAUUUUGUACCCUGGAUACUCAGCAAAAUGAGACCUGUCAAUAAAGCAAAUAGAUAUAUGUCGAUUCAAUACAACGUUCCUAUUAGUCGAGAACAUUUUCCUUGUAACCCCUUCCCUCUAGGUAUUUUUUCCAAUCGAAAAGCUCAUCGAACUCAGCAGAUGGCAGCAGUUAGUAUGCUGAAGACUCUUCGCGCGAGUCCAUGCUCUGCAAAAAGGAAACGAGAAAGAAUUUGUUACCGAAUAUUACCUGAGUUAAAAAAAUAUAAAUCUUCAAACUUGUUUCAAGAAAAAGAAAAAGAUAGCUUUGUCGAUAGCUUCGAAAUCGACAUGAUUAGUCAUUUACUUUUAAUCGGAAUUUUGGUUUUAUGCGGAGUCAGUGCGCGAGAUAUAUGUACCACGCCACUGAAUAAAACUGGUGUUUGCAUCAAUAUACACAGUUGUCAACCAAUUGUAGAGAUUCUUAAACAACAAAAACCAUCGUCAAAGGAUAUUUAUGAUUAUCUGAUCAGUUUACAAUGCGGAUUUGAAAAUAAAGAUCCCAAAGUGUGUUGCGAACAGCAUUCGUUAAUGACUGAAUCCACAACUACAACAACAACCACAACCACAACAGAAAAUCCGUUGUUUAUUCCUGAUCCCCCAGACGUCACGAAUCAUCCGAAUUUACCAUUACUGGAUCAUAAUUUGUGCGGCCCAGUAUCGCAAGAAAAGAUUUUUGGUGGCAACAGAACACGCAUAUUUGAUUUUCCAUGGAUGGUACUGCUCGCCUACAAUACUGGGAAACAAAUCCCAGAAUUCAAAUGCGGAGGAUCGUUAAUCAGUAAACGAUAUGUACUCACCGCUGCUCAUUGUGUUACAACGCUACCGAAUGAUUUUACAUUAAUCGGAGUACGACUAGGAGAGCAUAAUUUAAAUACCGAGCGUGAUUGUGACAAAGACGAAGACGGUAUCGAAAUCGUUUGCGCUGAAAGAUAUCAAGACAUCGGUAUAGAAAGUACGCACUUUCAUCCACGAUAUACAAGAGCGAGACUACAAAAUGACAUUGGUUUGCUGCGACUGAAUCAGGACGCUGAUUUUAGACCACAAAAUGUGCGGCCUAUUUGUAUGCCAAUCGGAUCAGCUGCAACUUUGACUAGAAAAAAAGUAAUAGUAACGGGUUGGGGCGCAACUGAACGUGGACCACAGAGUCCGGAAUUGCUGCAGGUUCAGUUACAACUAAUAUCCACGAAUAAAUGUGCAGAAAUGUAUGAAAGACAAGCGCGAAUUUGGCACAAGCAAAUGUGCGCGAGCGGUAAAAGCGGUAUGGAUUCUUGUUCGGGAGAUAGCGGUGGGCCACUUCAGGCUCCAGGAAAUUAUAGCCAUAAUUUAAAAUUCAUUCAAUAUGGAGUUGUCAGCUUUGGACCUCGUAUGUGUGGUACGACAGGAAUACCUGGAGUUUAUACAAAGAUUGUGUAUUACCUAGAUUGGAUUUUAGAUACUAUGAGGGCAUAAAAUAUGCACACAUAAUAUUGAAACUGUUGUUAAUAUUUUUAAAAUUAAGAAUUUAUAGACUUUUUAAACAUCGAAUAAAAAUUAAUCUGAUAUUUUUAA